AUGAAUUCAAUAAAAUUGAGAUCUCAGACUGAUUGGUGGAUGAACAUUGUAGGUCAGACUCCAAAGUUGACUAAAUUUGCAAUUUGUGUCUUUCGUCUCACGUGCAACUUCUCGGGUUGUGAAAAAAAUUGGAGUACCUUAAAGUCGAUCCAUACCAAAAAGAUAAAUAUAGUUGAGCGUCAUAGGCUAAAUUCUCUUGUUUAUGUAAGAUACAAGACCAGAUUAAGAGAAAGGAACAUCAAAAGAGAAUUGCAAAAAAUUGAUCCAAUUCUUGUUGAUGAAGUUGAUUUUGAUGACGAAUGGAUUACUGAGAAAGAAGAUUCCCUGCUUCCUGAAUACCCUUGUUGGCUUGAAGAAGAUAAUUUAUUUGCUGUUGAUAUUGUUAGACUUGUGUCUCUUACAUCAUAUGAGAAUGAUCUUUUACAUGAAUCUAACAUUGGUAGUUUAAGAGAUACAAGUGAAGCAGAUCCCUCUGCAAAAUGUCAAAAGACAUCAGAAACAUCAGUGCGCGUUGAGGCUGAUGACACUGAUAAAGGAUUAGUAGAUUUGGAGAUAGACGACGACGAUCUCAUAUUUGAUAGUGAUGAAUAG